AUGUCGGUGUCGUCCGAAUUGCCGACGGUCGUCCCGAAGCCUCCGAAGACCCGCACCAAGCUUCCCAUCUACCUGAUCGGCGCAAUCGUCGUCGCUCUCGCCGUCGCCGUUGUUGUCAUUAACAUUAUUCACAGACUGCCCGAUGCUCCAGAUGACACGGACGAUGAUUUGCUUAAAACUACGUUGCCAUCGGUUCUGACCUCCUCUUUACCUCUCCAACCUUCUCCGUUACCUUCUGAGCCGGACCUUGUUAUUUCAAGUACAGAAGCAGUGGCAACAAGUACAGUAAUACCUUCGACCACUCCGACAGCGAGUCCUCCUCCAGCAGUUCUGAUGAAGAUCACAAAGACUCUGAGAACAGUACUCUGGUUCAAGUGACAGCGACCAGUACAGUAAUCCCCAGUGAAACGAGCUCCACGGAAUCUGCAAUUGUUACUGAAAGCGCUGAAACGAUCACAGAAGAUGGUACGUUAGUCCCUUUUUCAUGCCCCGAUAAAGUACCUUUCUCAGCGUUCAACCCAACAACUGAAACUUCCAAUGCUCCUCUCGAAACUACCGUAAUCCCGGGACCACCGGUCAUCCCUCAAACUGGCUCCGAAUGCGACAAAACGUGCAGGUUCGUCGAGUGGAUCGAAGACACAAUUCACAUAAUAACGGGCUAUUUCGACAACUUGGUCGACCACUGAUUUGCAUAAUAAACCGGUUUUGCCGCCUCCCUCUUCUCGCCUCCUGAAAUCCAUUUUGGGUGAAAACAAAAACAACGGUCUGUUUUCAGUGUCUCCGUGGUGGAGUCAAUCCCACGUGGCGUCUGGUUUGCGGACAGAGUGCACACGAAAAACGCGUACGAAUCGUGGGCGGAACUACUGGGAACCGCGCAGAGGUCAGUUCCCCUUGUCGACGUCAUCACGAUUCUCUGAUCGUUUCAGUGAAAUCGACAUUUUUGCGUAUAAAAUGAACUUGCGAGGGAAGGAAAUGAGGUAUGACGUGGAUAAUUCGACGUUCGAGGGAAGGCAAUUGUACGAUAUUCUGGAGAGACAGACCAAAUCCGGAGUCGUCGUGAAGUUGAUCGACUGCCAACCGCCCACGCAUCCGGCAAACGACUACGAUGCAGACGAGUUGGAGAGAAUGGGUAAAAUAGACGCAAGUGAUGAAAAGGGAAGAAAUAUUCAGGAUUAAUCCAGAGACAGGGCCUGGAAAUGAACAGCUUGAACGGCGGAGGCGGCGGAAUCCAGCACAGCAAGACGUUCAUCGUCGACGAUAAGCACUUGUUCGUCGGGUCGAUGAACUUCGAGUGGAAGUCGUUCUCUCAGGUGGGCAAAAUAAAGUCUCUCAACUGAACUGAAUCCAUCAGAAACUGGAAAUCGGGCUGGAGUUCCUCGAUUGUCCGUGCAUCGCCACCGACGCUUCCCGUCUUUUCGAUCAAGUUUUCAACUCGCUUUCUGGAAAUGAAAAGCUCGAAACAGUCGAUUUUGGCCGUCAUUCGAUCGGAAAUUCGACGUUCCAGUUCCUGGCUUCUCCCUCUUUUCUCCUCAAUUCUUCUCAGAGCUGGGACCUCGAAGCGCUGCUCAAUUUGAUUUAUGAUGCCGAGGAAUUCGUGGACAUUGCAGUUAUGCAGUACUUUCCCUCUUGGAUCUACUUCAAGAAUCGAGAGUUUGUACGUCCGAAACUGUUUCUAUUAACUUUUGGUUUCCAGAUUCUUCUCUCAAAUCGACGAUGCGAUUCGAAUGAGUCUUUCGCGCGGAAUCCGCUUCAGAAUCCUCGUUUCCGGCGACGAAAAAGAAGAAGAGAAACUCAUGUUCGCCUACCUGCACAGCCUUUCCGUUUUGCAUUCUCCGCUCGAAAAGCGCUCAAUCCAAGUGGUCAGUCUGCCCGAAACUCUUUCCAUUUUCAUUGAUUUGUCUUGCAGAAGUACAUUCUCAUUCCUCAAACUGCCCAAGAAUUGUACAAAGACAGAAAAAUGCACGCAAAGUUCAUGCUCUCCGAGUCGCGAACUCUCAUCGGCUCCUCAAAUUAUGCGCCUGAAUACUUCUACAAAUCCACUGGAGUUGCCGUGAUUGUUGAGGAAGAACCCAAUUACGGAGACAUCAAUCGGCAGUUGAAAGCCGUUUUCGAAAGGUAAAAUGGCAUUAGGAAUUUUUAUGAAAACACCGGAAAGCUCUAGAUAUUGGCAUAGUUCGUACACGCAGUCUCUUCAAAAGCACGGAGAAUCGAAGGGAUUCCUUCCGAAAACUUCGAAGCCAUCCAAUCCGUUUUCUGGAUGGUUCGGAUUUGACCACGUGGAUGUGUUCAAUGAGAAGUAUUCCGCUUCUGGAUUUGUUUUCGACAAGGAUCAGGAUCAGAUUCUAGAUCCCAUCAUCUUUAUCUAA